AUGUGAUAAAAUAAUACAAAUAUUUCUAUUUAAAUAGGAUUUAAGAGAAAGGAAAAUUUGUCAAAUUGGAUAAAUGUGUUGGCAAUAGUCCCGCGUUCCAAUGUUGUCACGUUAACGGUAAACUAUAGAUUGACAGAUUUCAGGAUUGACUAUGUUUUGAGUAAAAUAUGGAUAACCUUAAAUUGAAGAAGAUUUUUUAGUCCAUUGAUUCAAGUAUUGCACAUGGACACAUGGUAACGCCAACAUGACUUUACUACUCUGUAUCGUAUUAUCUGGACUAGCUUCUAUAGAUGUUGUGAAGAGUUCAAGUUGUAGUGACUCAAUUAGUAAACUUCCUUACCAAAUAAGACUCAAAGAGACUGAAACGGGUCUUCAGUUUAAUAUUAGUUUAAACUCAUCGGACAGUUGGAGUUUGGAAGUUAAACAAAUAAAUGGUAGAGCUCUUCAAAAACGCCAAAGAGAUUAUGUACGCACAUUUUUCAACCUAACGGAGAAUAAUGAAACCAACGUUUUAUCGUUUUAUGUUGUAAAGGAACUGGACUUGGAGGGUUUUUAUAAAUAUAUUACAACACAAAUAAGCUCUAUACAACUAAAUUUCAAGUGUGGAGUAUUUGAUGAGAGAGAGAUAGCAGUUUUAGUUGGUGCAGUUAAUGAAUUUGCACCUUAUUUCAAGGACAGACCAUACACUUAUGCUAUGACAGAGGAUAAAACAAAUGGGACAACCAUAUUUACUGUUCCGAACCAUGUCGUCGAUAAGGAUGUUCUUAGAAAUGGCGGCUUUAAUUAUUAUAUAGAACAGUAUAAAGUACAGCCGAGUGUUGAUGGCAGGGACUAUUUUCAAAUAAAAUUUUCAUCAAGCGGACUUGUCACCUUGAAGAACUCCAUUGAUUUUGACGAUUUGUAUAGAAGAGGAAAACCAACCUAUUUUAUGCUGAAUUUAACAGCAGAGGAUACCACGAAUUUAAAGUCUUGGACGACUUUAAAUAUAAGCAUUAUAGAUGUGGACGACCAGAAACCAAUGUUCAGUAUGUGUGUGCCACCAUGCCAGAAGGCUCAAUACAGAACAAACACACAGGUUGGAUACAGAGGAGUUCUAGGAAUCAAACCAAUGGAAGUGUUUGCAAAGGAUCCAGAUACAUUCAACAAUUCGAUCGUCUACACGUUGGAGCCAGUGCCAUAUCAAUAUGCGAGUGCAUUCUCAAUAGACAGCAGGACAGGGGAAAUAACUCAGAAUUUGAAUGUUUUAGAUGCUGGUGUACUUAUUAUAAAGGCAACAGAAGAUUCAGUCAAACAACUUUUCGAUGAUGCUACACUUUUGGUCACCCUUGGCAACGGUACAUCGGCAACACCUCCUCCAGUAGGUAAAUCAGUGGAUGAUGACUCAGGUAAUUUGAAGAUGGUUAUCAUUAUCCUUGCAGUUGUUUCCCUGCUGAUUAUCAUUGUGAUAAUUAUAGUGUUUGUAGUAUAUCACAAGAAGGUUGCCAAAGCGGUUCGGCCAGCAGAUGAUGGCAAAGAAGGCUCAGCGGAUAUUUCGCACUCUCAAAACUGGCAAGCAAUGAACUCGGGCAGUAAAACAGAACUUUUAGCAAGUGAUAUGCUUAAUCCGGCUCUUAUGGCAACACCGGAUGGAAGAGGAAACACAUUGUUACCGUUGACGAAAGACUCUGCGACAGGAACCGGAAAGAAGCGUUCGCGUCGUCGUAAUAGGAAUAAGGAACCGGAAAUAUUCGAUGGGACGAGAGAAUACGAAGGAAAAUUAGACAUGGAGUUUUUUACAGAUGCAAAUACGAAAUCAAAGAUAAAACAAUCAACGAGAAGUAGAGAUACCAAAACCGAUCCUAAAUACUGGAUUACAAUUCCAAACGAUGAUGAGUGACAUAUAAGAAUAUUUCAGGUAGUUUGUAGUACAUAAACUUGAAUGGUUAAAAUAUGCUCAUCUUUCUAUAUUGAAAGAAGUUGAAACAGAUGAGUACGAGAAAUAGUCUACGAGUCUGUAAAUGUGAUUAGACUUACUGUCUGUGAUAUAUUUUAUUAUAAAUAUUUGUGUUUUGUUUAGAAUAAUGUGAAGUUAAAAGAGGAGAUGAAAAUUUCUAGUUGAACUUACUUGCAACUUGCCAUGCACGCCUCGUGUGAAGAAGUCUUUAUAAAAUAACGAUGUUCUUAUCUUUUUAACAAUAUAUAGAAUGAGGGUUUUCUAAUUUAAACCGAAGGAGUAGUUUAAAUAUCGGCGCUUAAUUUAUAAUGGCGCCUUCCAAAGUACAUGUAAGAACUUGUUGCGCUUAUUAUAAUUCAAUUCAAAAGUGCCACCAACACCUUUUUGACAACGCUGUUAUUUAUAUUUAAUUUCUACAGUUAUUAGCCUCAAGAGACCAGUAUAAUCUGCUUGUUAACAAAUGUAUUUUAUGUUUCCGGAUAAAAAGAGCGUUUUGCUUCCUUUCAAAGAAGGAUGUUAAAAGGAAAGCAAUUGCGACAGUACAGCCUACAAAGAGUUUAUCCUAAAAAAAAGUUCAUUGAAUCCAGAACAAGGUCUAAAUUUCUCUAUAAAGUCUAUACAGGACAUUUUUUUGAUUUCACAGAAUUUGAAACCGAUACUUUAAUUUAUUUUCAUCGUGAUGUUGUUUACAAACAUAUUGCGAUGGUUUUUAAUUUGCUUCUUAGAAUAUAUUUUUAAAUCAUGUGCAUACGGAAUUUUUUGGUGCAUUUUAUUUCUAUUAGAAAGAAAAAACACAUUAACACUGUGUCUUUCGUCAAGGCGUCUUGCUCAUUUGUAUAAUUACUUAUGUAUACUGAAUAAGUUCGAGAGUUGGUGGGUUAACAGUUUGAACAUGUUAACUCCGGUAUAUUCUGUUUUUGCUUUUGCACAACCCAGGAGGCAGUAGUCGAAUUGGUUUUUUUCAAAUGAUAUUCUGUUUAUUUGUUUAUGCAUGUCAAAAGCUUAAAUUGAAGUGUGAGUUAAAUAUUUUUGGUAUUUGAACAGUCUGUUUAUCUAUGGGAUGUUUUAUUUUACAACGUAAUUCGAAUUUGUGCUAAUUAUUGAAAGUUCUGAUAACUUCUUCUUUUUUUCAAUGUUUUCUAUAAAUGAUCUUUCGUCUGAUAUUUGUCUUAUUGUCAAUCAUAUCACAUCUUAAACUGAUAUUAUAAAUAACGGCAACAGUAGUAUACCGCUGUACAAUAUUCUUGAAUCGAUUAGGAAUAAACAAAUCUGGGUCACAAAUCAAAACCGAGGGAAUCACAUCAACAACAAAAAACAAACACGGAAUAACAGAAACACUGGACUGCUACAAAAACAAACACUAA